GGGAGGGGAGCCGCGGCCGCUUGUGCAAGGCUUGGGCGGGGGAGAGUCGCAGCCUCCGCGGUGGCAGCGGCAGCAGGCGGCAGCAGCCUGGGUGCGCAUUGUUUGUGUGAUGACCGAUCCUCGCAUCCCUCCCUCCGCUGCCGGCUGACACGGACCGCGCGGCGCGCGCCCGGAGGAGGCGGAGGAGAGGAGCCGCUGCCGCCGUGCAGCCAGUGACCUUGGCCCGGGGAGUGGCAAAUUGCCCAGCGCGACAUUUGUCAGCGGAUCGUAGCAUUGGGACAUGGCGCAAGGAAAUAAUUAUGGGCAAAGCAGCAACGGGGUGGCUGAUGAAUCCCCAAACAUGCUGGUAUACAGAAAGAUGGAAGACGUCAUAGCACGCAUGCAGGAUGAGAAAAAUGGGAUUCCUAUUCGUACAGUCAAAAGUUUUCUUUCCAAGAUUCCCAGUGUCUUUUCUGGUUCAGACAUUGUUCAGUGGUUAACGAAGAAUUUAGCUAUAGAAGACCCAGUGGAAGCUCUACAUUUGGGGACGUUAAUGGCCGCCCAUGGCUAUUUCUUUCCAAUCUCAGACCAUGUUCUAACACUAAAGGAUGAUGGCACCUUUUACCGGUUCCAAACACCCUAUUUUUGGCCAUCAAAUUGUUGGGAGCCGGAAAAUACAGACUAUGCGGUUUACCUCUGCAAGCGAACAAUGCAAAACAAAGCACGGCUUGAGCUAGCAGAUUAUGAAGCAGAGAGUUUGGCCAGGCUACAGCGAUCAUUUGCCAGGAAGUGGGAGUUUAUUUUUAUGCAAGCUGAAGCACAAGCAAAAGUGGACAAGAAAAGAGACAAGAUAGAAAGGAAAAUCCUUGAUAGCCAGGAGCGAGCAUUUUGGGAUGUACACAGACCGGUGCCUGGAUGUGUAAACACUACUGAAGUGGAUAUAAAAAAGUCUUCAAGAAUGAAAAAUCCUCACAAAACAAGAAAGUCUGUCUAUGGAUUACAAAAUGACAUUCGAAGUCAUAGUCCUACCCACACACCAGUACCAGAAACUAAGCCACCCACAGAAGACGAAUUACAAGAAGAGAUAAAAUAUUGGCAAAUACAGUUAGAUAGACAUCGAUUAAAAAUGUCAAAAGUUGCAGAGAGUCUGUUAGCUUACACAGAGCAGUAUGUGGAAUAUGAUCCAUUUCUUGUGUCGCCUGACCCCUCUAACCCUUGGCUAUCAGAUGACACUACAUUCUGGGAACUAGAGGUCUGCAAAGAGCCAGGGCAACAGAGGGUAAAGCGAUGGGGCUUUGGCAUGGAUGAAGCAUUGAAGGACACAGUGGGGAGAGAGCAGUUUCUCAAGUUCCUGGAGUCAGAGUUCAGCUCAGAAAACUUAAGGUUCUGGUUAGCAGUUGAAGAUUUGAAGAAGAGACCUAAUCGUGAAGUACCUGCUCGAGUCCAGGAAAUCUGGCAGGAGUUUCUUGCUCCAGGAGCUCCCAGUGCCAUCAAUCUUGAUUCAAAAAGUUAUGACAAAACCACACAGAAUGUGAAGGACCCAGGAAGAUACACAUUUGAAGAUGCUCAGGAGCACAUUUACAAACUGAUGAAAAGUGAUUCCUAUCCUCGUUUUAUACGAUCCAGUGCCUACCAGGAGCUGCUACAGGCCAAGAAAAAGUUGGAAAACACACUGGAUCGUCGAACAUCUUUUGAGAAAUUCACACGCAAUGUGAUUCGAAUUGCAGAGCAACAUUCUUCUCUCAGUUACAUCUGCGCAGACAAAAUUGAUGGAUUAGAACAUCCAUUUACUUUUGGAAAAGUUCAGAUAUGGGCCUCAGAGUACUACUCUGAAAAGUAACUAUGUAUCAAUAUCAUCUUGUUCCUCAACAGCUGUGUUGCCUGUAAGUAUUCAGAAGCAUAUCUGUUGAUUUUUGUGACUCGCACAAUUUUCUAUUGUUUUUAUCUCUGUUAGCACCCCAAGAGUAAAUAUAUCAGAGAGAGAAAGAGAGAGCUGCACUCUAUUCCUUUUUGUGCUUCAUCUACAGAAUUGUUUACUAAAUUCCAAUCAGUUACACCUGUGGUACUCACGACCUGUUAAUGAAGAAGCACAAGUGUCACUUAGAUCAUAUUUGGCCUGCAGAACCUUUAUUACAGUGAUGAUGCACAAGGAAAAAAGAGCCAACUUGACUGUCUGUUCACUGGAUGAUUUAGGAGCGGUGACAUCUAGAUUAAAAACAACUUUUUUGUAAAUUGAGCACAUCUGGAAAUCCUUGAGAGGCAAUAAAUGUAAAACCCUACCAUGCUAUUUUUAAAUAGUUAGCUUUCAAAAUAGAAGUACACUUUAGAAUGGAUUUGAGGUGUAUAGCUUUCUAGACCUUGAGGUAAAGAUCCUUCAAACUGGAACUUAUUAGCUUUGUUUGAUGUCUGAGCCAGAAUGCAAUCCAACCCUCUCUUAGCUGCUUUGGCUCCAUAUAUUAAUAUAAAUAGAAUGUAGUUAAAUCUUGUUUUCACACUAAAGUGCACAGAUAUGAUUCCAAAUGCACAAAGGAAGCAGAUCUGUUGAAUAAGAAGCUGCCAUGUUUAAAUAGACUCUUUUAUGACCAGAACCACAUUUUAAUUGUAAAGUAGAUCUCUUGCCAUCUUCUAGAA